CUCCCUGUCGGGUGGCGGCGGCGGAGCCACGUGGUGGGGCCGAGAAGCCGCGGCCGACGAGAGCCCGGGCGUCUGCCCCAGCUGGGCAGUGCUGCUCUGCGCUGCGCCGCGCUCGGGGCUCGCUCUCCUUGCUCCGCGCUCCCCGCCAGCCGCCCCGGGGCAGGAGGCGCGCCUGACGGACGGCACGCUAGACAAAGGAGGCGCGGCUCGGCGGGGCCAGCGCGCGGACGGACGGACCAUGGACUCGGAGCGCGGGCGGCCGGCCCCAGCCUUGGGGACCGGACACUCCCAGGCCCGGCCCUAGGCGCCCGGCCCCGCCGCCCUGCGCGCACAGCGGGGAGGACGUGGAGCCCGCGCGGCGCGAGCAGGCGGCGGCCGCGGAGCAAGAAGGGCGCCGCGGCGGGCGGCCCGCGCAGCCCCCGGAGCCAUGGGCAAGUGCAGCGGGCGCUGCACGCUGGUCGCCUUCUGCUGCCUGCAGCUGGUGGCUGCGCUGGAGCGGCAGAUCUUUGACUUCCUGGGCUACCAGUGGGCUCCCAUCCUAGCCAACUUCCUGCACAUCAUGGCAGUCAUCCUGGGCAUCUUUGGCACCGUGCAGUACCGCUCCCGGUACCUCAUCCUGUAUGCAGCCUGGCUGGUGCUCUGGGUUGGCUGGAAUGCGUUUAUCAUCUGCUUCUACUUGGAGGUUGGACAGCUGUCCCAGGACCGGGACUUCAUCAUGACCUUCAACACAUCCCUGCACCGCUCCUGGUGGAUGGAGAAUGGGCCAGGCUGCCUGGUGACACCUGUUCUGAACUCCCGCCUGGCUCUGGAGGACCACCAUGUCAUCUCUGUCACUGGCUGCCUGCUUGACUAUCCCUACAUUGAAGCCCUCAGCAGCGCCCUGCAGAUCUUCCUGGCACUGUUCGGCUUCGUGUUCGCCUGCUACGUGAGCAAAGUGUUCCUGGAGGAGGAGGACAGCUUUGACUUCAUCGGCGGCUUUGACUCCUACGGAUACCAGGCGCCCCAGAAGACGUCGCAUUUACAGCUGCAGCCUCUAUACACGUCGGGGUAGCCUCUGCCCCGCGCCCACCCCGGCGCCUCGCCCUGGGCUGACCGCAGCUGCCGCGAGCUCGGGCCAAGGCGCAGGCGCGUCCCCCUGGUGGCCCGCGCGCUCACUGCAGCCUGUGCCCAACCCCGGGUCUGCAGCUGGAGAUGCGGACUUGGACGUGGAUUUGGACUUGGACUUGGACUUGGACUUGGAUUUGAGCUUGGCUCUUCGCAGCCCGGACUUCGGAGGAGUGGGGCGGGGCGGGGGAGGGGCACCACGGGUUUUUUGGUUUUUGUUUGUUUGUUUUUAAUCUCAGCCUUGGCGUGAGCUGGGGCCUUCCUCUCUUCUCCAGCCUCUCCCUUUCACUCUUCACCCAGCAUCCUGCCCCCCUGUCCAAAAACAGCAGGACAUCAGACCCAUCCCAUCCCACCACACUCACUCACCAGCUCUGGGGAAAGCUACUGUGAACUAAGAGCAGGAUUCCUGGGUUCUAAUCGCAGGUCCAUCACUGACUGUGACGUCUAGCAAAGCCCUUGCCCUCUCUGAGCCUCGGUUUCCGCACCUCAAGUAAUUAAUCCCUUAGCAAAUGGACUCUUUUAGACUUCUCAUUUAACUCAAUUCCCUGAGCUAGACUGGGAUUAAAAUUCUCAUUUUGCAGUACAUUAAAACUGAGGCCCAGAGAUGUGAUUUGCUUGAGGCCACACAGUUAAGAUUUUUGGUGGAAAUGGGCCUUGAACACAGUGUACUUUCUGCAGUUUCUGACUGUAAAACCCAGUGUCUGCUCUCUGAGUUCCAUUUCCAAGCUCCCCUCCAUCUUGGACCUAUGUGGUCUCCACCAUAUUCACACACCACCGCCACCACUUGCCAAUGCCUCUCUUAAAGCAAUAUACCCAUUCGUUCUCUUAUUGGGAACUGGAUGGAUGAAGCCCUAAAUUCAGCCCCACCCACAGAGAAGCCUUCCUACACUCAGCCUCUGUCCACCCUUGGCAAAUCUUUCAAGCUCUCUCCUCCAGGAAAGUGGGGCCCCAACUCAGUCACUCCACCCCCCUUCCAGGUCCCUGAGGCUGGUUCUACUGUAUCCCCAUCACCUCCACAACUCCACUCACCCCUGACGGCUCCAUCCACCUCACCAGUUGGAAGGCUUGUGGUUUCAGAGAGGAGCAAUGCUGGUCAGCGCUGCCCAGACUCCAGUGUUUACAGAUCACCAGCAUUUACAACCAAUCCAAUGGCCAGAAGCCUCCUCUAACAAGCCCAGAAGGAGUUCUGAAGGGGCAGAUGGGGGUGUGAGUAGUCGGGGAGUCGGGAUUGCCAGCACCCUCACCCUUCCUUGGGGGCAAGUAGAGGUGAGAACACUUUCCCCACCUCCCUCCACAGACACUCCUGAGGACGCUGCAUCCCACGCACUGCCUGGUGCGUCCAUAGAGAGAGGAUCAGGUCUCAGCAUUUCAUCUGUGAAAGAGGCAUGGCCCUGGGUUAGAAAGGAGGGCAGGAGACAUGGAGGAACUGGGGGGCACCCAGAUGGUGCAGAUGGUUUGCACACCUGAGCCUGUCUGUGGUGACCAUUCCGCUCCUCUCCCACUACCCUCCAAUCUAUCAUUCCCUACUCUCUAAGGCCAAAAUAUCCUGAGCGAGGCUGACAACCCCACCCCACCAUCCCAACUGCAAGCAGCCAGGCCCAGGAGUUCCUCUGGCCCCCACAGGCAUGGAGCUCCCAGCUGGUGGGUACAGCUUGAGAGGGGGGCAGCUCCCUCAGGCUAAGCUACUGCCCUUCACUGGGCCAGCCCUGCCUCCAGCCCUCACCUCUCUCACCCCAACUCUCCCCCAAGCCCCUUUCUACUCAACGGGUGUAGCCACUGGUGCUUUGAAGCCUUUUGUUUUUAUAAGAUGGUUUUUGCAAGGGGACCAGGUUCUCUUUUCACUGGGACCUUGCAAGGAGGGGAGUGCUCUCCUGGUUUCUGUGCAGGCGGGUUGAUUAAAGAUGGUGUUUUCUUCUCUA